UCGUCGUUCAAACAUGGCGUCUGUCUCCUUGCGAAAUUCUGUGUCUGUGCUGUCAUUUCUUAGCAAAAAGCUCUUCAGACCGGAGCCGAACCCUCUUUGCGCUUAUCACAAAAAGGUGGUGGACCAUUAUGAAAACCCGAGAAACGUGGGCUCGCUGGACAAAAACUCCAAGAAUGUGGGGACUGGACUGGUGGGUGCGCCGGCCUGCGGCGAUGUUAUGAAACUUCAGAUCCAAGUGGAUGAAAACGGCAAAAUAACAGAUGCAAAGUUCAAAACAUUUGGCUGUGGGUCAGCCAUCGCCUCCAGCUCUUUGGCCACAGAGUGGGUGAAGGGGAAGUCGAUUGAUCAAGCUCUGAAAAUCAAGAACACGGACAUUGCCAAAGAACUCUGCCUUCCUCCCGUCAAGCUUCAUUGCUCCAUGCUUGCAGAAGAUGCCAUCAAAGCAGCUCUUUCAGACUACAGACUAAAACAGGAUGAUGAGGAGCAGCGUUGACUGUGACAUUUCAGUGAUGUCUUGGGGACAAAUGUCAGCGGGUCAGUGCCGCGUGAAAGACAAGUCGGGGAGUUCUGGGAGUCUUAAGGAAGCUGAGCUGCCUCACCUCAAAAGUUGUCUGUGGAUCCAUUUUGGCCUCGGAUGAACUGAACGUACUGAUUGUGCAGUUUUGAAGUCAAAGAUGAAUUUCCCACAGCGCUGCUCCCUUAUUAUAAUGGACACACGUUUCAUAUUUUGCAGUGAUUUUUUUUUUCAACACAUAAAAAUAUUUAUUCAGACUGAGUAGAUGGUUUGUUUUAUUUUUAUAAAUAUUUUGGCUUUUAUUUGGCUCCGUUGUAUAAAAGGUAAUAGCAA